AUGUCAGCUGUCAAAGAGGGUAAUUUCGAUGGAAUCCGAGAACAAGUCAGAGGAAUAAUGAAGCAGCCAGGGUACGAUGAUGGAUCUGCUGGACCUGUGUUUGUACGGUUGGCAUGGCAUGCUUCUGGUAAUUUCAGCUUGGUCGAGCAUACUGGUGGUUCCAACGGAGCUGGUAUGAGAUUUCCUCCCGAAUCUGUCGACCCUGCAAAUGCAGGAUUGCAUCAUGCUAUAUCAUUUUUGUUACCUAUACAAGCUGCGAAUCCCUGGUUGACCCAUUCAGAUCUAUGGACUCUAGCAGGUAUAACAGCGAUCGAAGCUAUGGGCGGACCCAAAAUACCCUGGGAACCAGGACGCACAGACUAUUCUACUGCUGAAGCUGCAGCUGAUCAUAGAGGUGAUAUAAGUUCCAGACUACCGGACGGCGCAUUAGGGGCGGAUCAUAUAAGAGAAGUGUUUGGAAGAAUGGGAUUUUCAGAUCGAGAGAUCGUGGCUCUCUCCGGCGCACAUGCGUUAGGACGAUGUCAUGAGGAUCGAAGCGGAUAUGAAGGUCAAUGGGUCGUGAACCCAAUUCGGUUCUCAAAUCAGUAUUUCAAAUUGCUAUUGAGGGAUAUAUGGAAACCUAGAGAAUGGGAUGGGCCGUUCCAAUACGAAGCCACAGUGGCGGGUACCAAACUCAUGAUGCUACCGACUGAUAUGGCAUUGGUGCAAGAUUCCGAAUUCAAAGUUUGGGUAGAAAAAUACGCAGCGGAUCAAGAUUUGUUCUUUAAGGACUUCGCAAUGGCUUUUGGGAAGUUGAUUGAACUCGGAGUAGAGAGAGACGAUACUGGAUUUGCUCAAUUAGUCAAAAAAUCAGCAAGAGAAGGUAAACCAUUAGACCAAACGGCAAAACCUGGAAAUGGAGGUGGAUGUCCUUUCGCAGGUGGAAAGAAGAGAGAUGCUAAGUUGUAG